UGGAAGUUGGCAGGUGGAGAGGCAGGUUGGGAGGGGAAGUCGGGGGAGGAGGCGGAAGAAGAGCUGUCGGAGGGGGAGGAGGGAGGGAGGAAAAAAGGAGGAGGCGGAGGAGAACUGAGCUGAGCCGAACAUCGAGCCAAAGGGGAGAUGAGUUUGUCUGUCCUCGGCUGAGGCUUCGGCCGGGCCUAGGGAACUGGGAGCUCGGGUUGGAGCGACACCCGUGGAAGUGGGAGGAGGUGGCUCUGGGACUUUAACCCCUUGUGGACUCUGCGGCAGGGGAUUUAACCCUUUGUGGAUCCGGCCCCUCGGAGUCAGCGUCAUCGGGUAGUUUUAACCCCUUCGGGGCUGGGUUUAACCCGUUGGAUUUAACCUCAUCUCCUUGCUCACGAACUCCUCCAUCGCGGGGGCGCUCUGCGGGGAAGCUUGAGGCCCACCCCCUCUGCACAUUACGUACUGUUUCUGCUGCUGCACCCCCUUGGACCCGCUCGCUGGCCGCACUCUGGGAGCUUAACCCUUUACUGACUUGAGCUCCCCCAAGUUGCAGUUGGAGUUUGCUGACAGAAGGACUGGCUAAAGGCAUCACUACAGGAAUUAUAGACCGAAAAGGAUUGUGUUGGACAUUUUUUAAAAGCAAAGAAAAACCUCUUUUUUCUUUAAGGACUUACAGCGAAAAUUCUUCAAACUUCGAGAAGAGGAUUCUAUUUGCCAUGGCCGAGCCACUCUUGUCAGAGUAUCAGCACCAGCCUCAAACUAGCAACUAUACAGGUGCUGUUGCUGUCCAUGAAGAACAGAACCCCGAUCGCCCCCCUGGCGCGGAGGAGCGGGUGCCCGAGGAGGACAGUAGGUGGCAAUCGCGAGCGUCCCCCCAAUCGGGUGGCCGUCCAGGGCAGUGGGGGGAAGGGAGCCUGAAGCCCCAGCCGCCUCCCCUGCAGACCCAGGUCUGCACAGAAUCCAGCUGCCUGAAAGCAAGUGAGAAGGGCCAGAAUGGGGACGACUUGUCCGCUGGCGGAGUCCCCCAGCCAGCGGCGGGAGGGGAACAGAGGCCCCAGGCCGAGCCGCUUGUCCAGCCUUGUCAUGACUCCGAGACCAACAAGUUGGGGGCUUCUGCUGCAAGGGGCGAAGCGGCGUGGAGACAGCAGCAGAGACAGCUGGGCAAGAAAAAACAUAGGAGGAGACGCACUUCCAAGAAGAAGAGACUUUGGAAACCUUACUACGAGCUGACCUGGGAGGAGAGAAGAAAGUUCGAUGAGAGACAGAGCCUGCGAGCUUCGAGGAUUCGAGCGGAGAUGUUCGCCAAGGGCCAGCCGGUCGCGCCCUAUAACACCACGCAGUUCCUCAUGGAUGAUCACGACCAGGAGGAGCCAGAUCUUAAAACCGGUCUCUAUCCCAAACGGGCCGCUGCCAAAUCCGACGACACCAGUGAUGAAGACUUUAUGGAAGAAGCAGCCGAGGAGGAUGGGGGCAGCGACGGGAUGGGAGGAGAUGGCAGCGAGUUUCUGCAGCGGGACUUCUCGGAGACAUACGAGCGGUACCACGCGGAGAGCCUGCAGAACAUGAGCAAGCAGGAGCUCAUCAAAGAGUACCUGGAGCUGGAGAAGUGCCUCUCUCGCAUGGAGGACGAGAAUAACCGGCUGCGGCUCGAAAGCAAACGGCUGGACGGCGACGACGCGCGUGUGCGGGAGCUGGAGCUGGAGCUGGAGCGGCUGCGCGCCGAGAACCUCCAGCUGCUGACGGAGAACGAACUGCACCGGCAGCAGGAGCGAGCGCCGCUGUCCAAGUUUGGAGACUAGACAAACUUUUUGGGGGGAGGGGGCAAAGGGGACUUUUUACAGUGAUGGAAUGUAACAUUAUAUACAUGUGUAUAUAAGACAGUGGACCUUUUUAUGACACAUAAUCAGAAAUCUCUGGCUUUGGUUGGUUUGAUAAAUUUAGCUAUGAUAUGCUUUCUCCUGUUCUUUUAAUUAUGUGAAACCGAAGGGUUGCUUUUCUUGUUUUCCUUUUUAGAAGUUUUCUUUUUUAACGUGUAAGUAACUUGACCAAGUUAUAAUGCAUUUUUCUGUUAAAAAUCCUCUCCUUAAAUGGAGCUAUAAGGUGGCCAAAUCUUAGAACCAUUAAAUUCAUUCUAGUUAUAAUAAAUUUAAUAUUUGUAAAUGUAACAUAGUUUCAGUGUGAUUUCUAGAGCUAAUUCGAAAUAGUACUGAUUUAUGUGAUUGCAUUUUUCGGGGGGUAGAGAGAAAUUAUUUGUCAAUUUUCAAAAAAACAAUUCUUUAAUGGGAGAAUUUUCAAUUUGCCGAUUUUUCUCUUGAAUGGGUUUUAGUAUGCUACAGUAUACAGUUCCGGCAAAAUAUAAAGGUUUAAGUAUCUUCAACACUUAAGUGUGCUUGCCUAGUGCCUUGGUUUUCUUUCUUGAUGCUGGAAAAAUAAACCAGUGUUGAGUGUUUGGAGAGUAGAAAGUGACUACAAUCAGCAGCUUAAAAUUUAAUUCUGCUUCCCAAUAGCCAUUAAAAAGUCUAUUAACAAAAAUAUAAACCUAAUCUGGCAGUUUGUUAGGUUAUACAACUGACAGCCAGCCUCAUUUCAUUCCUACAAGUUGGAUUUUAGUAAUUCUCUCCCUCCAGUGAAACUGGAAGGAGUUCUUGGAUGCCUGGAAAAGGCUCUUGGUAAACUUCUUGCUUUCUUAGUGCAAGCAAUGGUUGGAUAAACAUGGGACAGCUCUUUGUUAAUAUAUCUAGAGGUAGGGAAUAUUGGAUUUAUAGAGGAAACGGCCAUUUGGGGCAUUCCAAGGAUUUAACCCUAACUGUCCAAUACUUAGGUGCUCCCUAUACCAAAAAAAAGAAUAGAGCUCCCCACCUUUUCAUGAGUCAGACUAAAAUUAGAAAUGCCCCCUCACUGCAAAUCAAAUGUAAAGCUUCUGGUUAAGGAGCUAAAUUAAAUCCUUAGGGGCCGAGUGGGAACCAUGCACAUUCCCUGUACAGCUGAUAUACGAAGUCUCCUAACUGUGCUUAGUCCUUGAGUAGUUCUGCUCUUGAAAAUACAGGGACACCUUGGGAAUUUCUGCUCCCAAAUCAAAAUAGAAAUUCUAAGAUUAUUUCCCUCCUGUCACCAUGGUUAACCUAGCCCAUCUUUACCUGCCCUGUGUCAUUGUUUCUCUGGGGCAAUUGCAUUGGUCAAAUCACUAGCACAGGGCUUCCUUCACUUGGGGCCUUAGAAGCUUUGGGGCCCCUGAACCCCAUGAAAUUAUAUGUAGACUUGGAUUAUAUACAUUUUUCUGGGGAAAGGGUUCAAAAGAAUCACGAGAUUGUUAAACUUGAAGGUUAAGAACCCCUGCAGGGAAAU